AUGGCGGAUAGAGGAGGUCAAGAAAUUUUGUCAUUCAACCCUACUUCUUGCGAUUCCAUAGCCAUUUUUGUUGAUUUGCCGUAUUACAAACUUUAUAGAGUAAUUCAAUGUGAUACCAAUGAAUUACCAGGCAUAUUUUCUUUUCUGAUGACCUCCUUCCUCCACUCCGGGUUCUCCUCUAUGGUCUCGGCGUCUUUCUGCCCAGAGAAGCAGUUUCUCAACGCCAAACUUCAAACGUGCCUCAACUGCACUGAGUACAGAAACGGGAUGGUGGUGGUUGUUUUGGCCCUGAUGACCUCCCUACUCCACUCCUGGUUCUCCUCCCUGGUCUCGGCGUCUUUCUGCCCAGAGAAGCAGUUCCUCAACGCCAGACUGCAGACGUGCCUCAACUGCACCGAGUGCAGAAACGGCAUGGUGGUGUUGCGGCCCUGCGAGUUCCACAGAGACACUCUAUGUGCCACCAUAGAGGAGCUUCUAGAGACGACGGAUACGGGAAAUCCCCACAGACACAAGCACAAUCAGCAUCACCACCACCAACAUAAAGCACCCCCACCCCUACCCAAAUCAGACGACAGCAUAGUCUGGCGCUUCGGCGACGACGUCUCCAAGGAGCAUGUUUCGACCGAUUCUCCCCCUUCAGGCACAGUUCCCCUGGGCACUACUGCCCCUGAGGCGGCCUACGCCGGCCCUGAGGAGGCCUUCUCCAGCGCCGAAACGUUGGUGUGGGACUGGCAAGCCGCCAGGCAGUGGAGGCGGUUGAAGGAGAACUUCGAUGCAGGUCUGAGAGACUCUAGAGAGGAAAAUCGUAAAUCCUCAACUGAUGCACAAGAUAAGCUAGGUGAUAGUCGAUUCAUGAAGAGAACUCAAUUACAUGCUACCAAGUAUAGUUCGAAUGAUGGACGUAUAAGUCGAUCGCAUUAUAGGGUUUGCAAUCUCGGAGUAAUAAUACAAUCCCGGGAUUCCGGGAUCAAAUUGAUACGAAUCCGGGAUCCCGGGAUUUCGAAUUACCCUCCAAGGGAGCCCUCAGAGGCAGCCGAUGCAGGCCUUGCCGAUGAUUUUUGUCUAACAACCCUGAUGGGAGUCAUGAGGGAGCUGACUCCUAGGAGUAAACCUUCAAUCCAGCUCAUGUCAGUGAGUUGCCUAGGGCAAAAAGUGUUGACCGAGGUGUUGACUGAACCAGGAGCGUACAAAAAUCCACUCGUAAAGGCACUGAGCUCCAGCAAGAUAAAUUCCAAGCUUGUAUGGAGCUGCAUUGAAUCCCUAGAAAGCCUGGGUGCUAACAACAGAGUCACUUUGCUGUGGGUGCCUGGACACCAGGGGGUGGAGGGUAACGAGAAAUCCGACAUCCUCGCCAAACAGGGAACCGAAUCUGUGUUCAUAGGACCAGAACCAUAUUUUGGGGUCACCGCAAGUGCGGCGAAAACAACUAUCUCGGGCUGGGCGGAGGGAAAAACACUCACGUACUGGUCCGAAUUACCAGGAUUAACCCAUUCGAAGGCGUUCCUGCCUAAACCAUGGGAAAAAAUAACCAGGCAGAUCCUAGAAUGGAGCAGGGGUAACCUGCGAAUUCUGACUGGACUGCUUACGGGACACUGUCGUCUAAGAUACCACCUGGGAAGGAUGGGUCUGAACCAACAAACGGACUGUCGGUUCUGUUGUGUGGAAGACGAAACGGCUGAACACAUAUUAUGUUCAUGCUCUAGCUUAGAAAGACUAAGGUUCGACACAUUUGGCUUCACCAACCUAGAACCUAUCGAUUUCAGACAAAUCUCACCCAAUUCAACCAUGAACUUUGUAAAAAGAUGUGGAUUGUACGGUGAACUGUAA